AUGGUGUUUCUCUAUGGAGAGCUUAUUGAAAUGGUGUAUCUCUACUCUCAGAAAGGAGAAUGUCUAACAGAUUAUGCAGAGACUAACAGAUUAUCCUCUCAUAGAACACUGAUACAAGAGAAUAAAACAGGAGAAGACUCCGAUACUCCAUGUUUCAAAUUACUACAAUCGCUCAAGAGAAAAGAAACAGUUUCUGCAGCACCAUCAAGCCAAAGUCUCAUUCGUCGUGUGAAAGACAGAUUUAAGGAAACUAUUAUAACCGUGAAGGGCACAACACUUGACUUAGGACAACUUAGUAUAUCCGAAAUUGAAAAACUGUGUCAUGAAUGUCCAGAUGCUAAUCUUGUCCAGAAAAUUUCCCUCCACCAGACUAACUUAACGUACAUAUCAGGAUCACUAGGAAAAUUUAGAAAUCUUGUUCAUCUGGACUUCAGUAACAACAGAGUAAAAUUUAUAUCUUGCCAACUGGCAGAGUUGACAAAUUUAAAAAUUCUUGAUCUAUCAAACAAUGAAAUUGAAGAUAUUCCUUUGACAGUUUUCUUAAUAGCAUCACUCAGGAUUUUAAACUUGGAACAAAAUCAAAUAAGAUAUUUGCCAACAGAACUUUUGGAGUUGGAAAAUUUGGAAGUAUUGAAAUUGUCAAAAAAUCCCAUUCUUUCACCUCCACAAGAAGUCUGUAUAUUAGGUUUGGAUGCUAUUUUUGGGGCACUUCUUGAUCAAAAAGCAAAAACAGAUCUUCUACACAAUUGGAAGCCAUACUAUUCAGCACAUCAAGUAAAACUGAUGCCUUUGUUUAAACUGUGUGUGGAGAGCAUUUUAUGUCACAGACUAGACUUUACCUCCAUGGAUACUAUACCUACAUCUAUAAAGAAAUAUCUGACUUUAGCCAAGUCGUCCAGUGAGAGCCGAUUACCUCCCCUGCAGAAGUGUGGCAGGUGCUUUGCUUACUUCAGCCAGAAACACCUAUUUCUUAAUCAUGAAUGCAAACCAAAACAAGGCAAACAAUAGUAAACAUUUCUGAUGUGGUAAAGAAAUUUUAAAAAGCAAACAUUGUCUGCUACUUCUGAACAUACUAAUUAUAAUUUUAUCAUAUAUUUUCCACUGACAUAGAAGUUAAAUAUUUAUAUAGCAUUAUCAAGACUCUUGAAGUGAGAAUACUCUAAAAUCUAGGAAAUGAAAUAUAUUUCA